GCCAAGAAACAAUUUAGAGCACACUGUCUCUCUUGAUUUAGUCACCGUAACAUUAAUAUCCCGCUCUUUUUCCCUACUCUAUCUGAAAAAUACCAGUGGAAUUCUCACUUUCUUGCUUCUCUCUUUGUUUCUAGACAAAAUGCAAGAGCAAGCGACAAGUUCAAUCGCUGCAAGCUCUCUACCUUCAAGCAGUGAAAGAUCUUCCAGCUCUGCUCUUCAAGUUGAAGUUAAAGAAGGAAUGGAAAGUGAUGAGGAGAUCAGAAGAGUGCCGGAGCUAGGUGGUGAAUCAGCCGGGACUUCGGCCUCCGGAAGAGACACCGGUUCAGUGGCCGGUCCAGACCGGAUUCAAGCCACCGGAGAAGGUCAAAGAAAGAGAGGAAGAAGCCCAGCUGACAAGGAAAGCAAGAGACUUAAGAGAUUGCUGAGGAACAGAGUUUCAGCACAGCAAGCUAGGGAGAGAAAGAAGGCAUAUUUGAAUGACUUGGAAACCAAGGUUAAAGAUUUGGAGAAGAAGAACUCCGAAUUGGAAGAGAGGCUGUCCACUUUGCAGAAUGAGAAUCAGAUGCUAAGACAUGUAUGUCAAAACUUCCAUAUCCCACAUCAUCAUCAUCAUCAUGAUUCAUCACCAUCAAUAGCAUUAUCUUUGAUAUUGAAGAACACAACAGCAAGCCGGAGAGGAGGAAGUAAUAGUGCAAAUGCGGAUGGGGCUUUGUAGAAAGAGAGUGGAUGGUUCAGGGGACAUAGUAAGGGGUAAUAAGGGGGAACUGAAUGUAUAGAAAAAGCUUUAUUAUUAUUAUUAUUAUUCUACCGGGGAAAAAAAAAAGAAAAAAAAAAGAAAGCUUUAUUAUUAUUUUUAUUGUUAUAAAGCUUAAAUUGAAAUACCACAAGAAUAUUGGAACCUCCACAUAUAUCCACAUGCCUAGCUAAAUCUAGAUCACUUGUACGUUUGCUAUAAAAACCCUUAAAAAGCUUACUCAUUUCAUCA